AAAGAAAAAAAAAACUCAUCUUUUUCGCUUUUGAUUCUCUUGGUUCCAAAUUUUCUGUAAAAUCUUCUUCAAGAAUCUUUGUUUGUCUUUGAUUCCUUUCUUCAAUUGGAAUCCAUAGACCCAGAAAGAAUCUCGUGAAUUUUUGGAUAAUUUAGUUGUUUUGUAGAAGAACGUUUGGUUUUGGCCCCAAUUUUUGAUUUUUCUCAACAGGGUUCUGUUGAAUUUGAAUCUUUGUUGGGGUUGUGAAUUUUAGGUUUCUGAGUUGUAAAGUUGGUUUCUUUUCGGUUUUUGGAUUUGGGUUUGUUUCAACUCUCUUCUGGGUCUCUGCAAUAGUAUUUUGAUUUUUGCAGGGUUUGUUUGGUUGCUCUGAAAUCUUCAAGGGUUGAAAAGUGAAAAAAGAAACUGAAAAUGACAAUUGGGAAUCUUGCACCUAAGACAGAGAGGAAGAAAUCAAGAAAGAACAAGGCAAUUGUGAAUGAGAAUGCACCCUUGUUGCCAAAAAGUCAAGCCAAUGAGAGUGAUUCCGGGUUCGAUGAUUUUAAUGGAGCUUCGUAUUCUGGCGCUGUUUUCAACUUGGCAACAACAAUUAUCGGUGCCGGAAUCAUGGCUUUGCCCGCGACUGUGAAACAGUUAGGAAUGAUUCCGGGUCUUCUUGGUAUACUGAUGAUGGCUUUUUUGACUGAGAAGUCGAUUGAGCUUUUGAUUAGGUUUACAAGAGCAGGGAAGUCUGUUUCAUAUGCUGGUUUGAUGGGCGAUUCUUUUGGGAAAUAUGGAAAAGCUUUGAUGCAGAUUUCUGUUAUCGUCAACAACGUUGGCACGCUUAUUGUUUACAUGAUUAUAAUUGGUGAUGUGCUAUCUGGAACAUCAUCUUCAAGUGCAGAACAUCACUACGGUAUCCUUGAAGGAUGGUUUGGUGUGCAUUGGUGGACUGGACGUACGUUUAUUGUCCUUCUUACGACGGUUACUAUAUUUGCUCCCCUCGCAUGCUUUAAGCGAAUUGAUUCGUUGAGAUUUACAUCAGCGCUUUCCGUUGCACUUGCGGCUGUUUUUCUUGUCAUUGCCGUGGGAAUUUCUGUUGUCAAGAUAAUAAGUGGAGGCAUUAGCAUGCCGAGACUCUUCCCUAUUGUUACCGACGCAACAUCUAUCGUUGACCUAUUCACCGUGGUUCCCGUGUUUGUAACUGCCUAUAUCUGUCACUACAAUGUUCACAGCAUAGAUAAUGAACUCGAGGACAACUCACAGAUGCAAAGCGUUGUACGUACGGCCCUUGGUCUAUGCUCAUCCGUGUACAUGAUGAUAAGUUUCUUCGGUUUCCUUCUAUUCGGUGAAGGAACCCUUGAUGACGUGCUUGCCAACUUCGAUACCGAUCUCGGAAUUCCUUUCGGUUCUCUGCUCAACGACGCUGUUCGUAUUAGCUACGCCGCACACCUCAUGUUUGUAUUUCCAGUUGUGUUUUUUCCGUUGCGACUCAAUAUAGACGGUCUUCUCUUCCCUUCGUCAAGACCUUUGGUUCUCGAUAACUUCAGAUUCGCCUCAAUCACUGCUUCCCUUAUCGGUGUAAUCUUCCUUGGAGCAAACUUCAUACCUAGCAUUUGGGAUGCUUUCCAGUUCACCGGAGCAACCGCCGCAGUCUGUAUAGGAUUCAUCUUUCCAGCUGCGAUUACUCUCAAGGACCGCUACAACAUAGCGACAAGAUCAGACAAGAUUCUAUGCGUCGUUAUGAUAGUCCUCGCUGUGGCCUCAAAUGUUGUGGCUAUAUACAGCAACGCAUUUGGAUUGAUCACGAAGAGCAAGACUUCGCGCGAAUGAUGGGUCACGGUUCUUGAUAAAAGGAACUGAAUUGGCCGGGUGUCAGUCAGAAAAUCAGGGUUUUCUGAGAGUCUCAUGAGUCGUCGUCGAUUUUGAAUAAACAUUAGAAGCUACUUCCCUGUGUACAAAUUUGCUUCGAAAAGUGUCGAGGCCCGCAACAAGUAUUCGGCCUAGUUUGUAAUUUGCGAAUUCGGUUAUAGUUGUUAUGAAUUUUUGAGUAAUAAAUACUCUCUUACCCUGAUUUGUUUUAAAAAUGUAAUAGAACUUUUUUCCUGGCAUCUGUAUGUAUUGUAUUGUAUUGAGUGAAGGAGUGGACUAUGUAAGAAAGGUAUAGUAGUUCUUGAAUUGGACAAGAGAAAAUUUCUAUUGCUCCUC